UAAAACCAAUUUUAAAAACCAAAUCCGAAAUAAUUCUUCUAACACAAAUGAAGACCCGAGUUCGAAAGAGCAAGACUCCCUUCCCUUUUUGGCGCUCCUUUAACAUCUCCAUAACUCUCUCCUUUUCUUAUCUCUAGGUUGCGGCCGGGACACUCUAGCCCAGACACACCUCUGCUCUCUAGGUGGUGCGCCACCUUUUUUCUUCCCCUCGUUCUUCCAGGGAGGCUGGUCCUUCCUGCUUGUUUUUUGGGGAGUGUUUUUGGAGCGGUGGGGUGUCGUUUGCUUCCAUGGAGACUGCCUACCGCGUAGCAAAGGGGAUCUUGUUCGUGGCGGGGUUCACGGGCGCGGGGCUUGUGCUUUGGGCCGUGGUCGCGCCGGACGAAGCGCGCAGAAAGGAGAUGGCGAAGGAAUUUGCUGAUGCUACCCCACAGGUGUUGACUGAGCGGCAAAAACAUAACGCCAUGGUAAUGGAGAUCCUGAAAGAGGCAUCGAAGACCGAUGAGAAUGUGGCUCACAAGCCAUGGCCCUGGAAAAAAUAGCAGUGAAACAGAAAGAGUCUGUGCUGGCUGGACUCUAUUCUAAACUGAGAACUUUGCAGAAGCUGGAUCUAGGAAGACUUUACUGUCUCAUCAAUGGAGAGAUUCUUCCGUUUUUUUUCUUCUUGCUGUAAGGCUUGCUUUGGUGUAAACAUUGAGCGAUAAAAUUUCCUUUGUACAUCA